AUGAAACCCCAGCAGCAGCCACCAACCAAACAAUUUUCACGGCGGUCAACCACCUCACUUCUAUUUACAACCACCGCCCCUGAUCGUUUCAAAAAUCCUCUAGCUUGCUGGCAGCAGUUAACCGCCUCACUUCGGUUUACAACCACCACCCCUGAUAGUUUCAAAGAUCCUAGAGACAAUUAG